AUGGCCAUAAACACGUCAGAUGUCGGUCGUCCACGUAUCAUAGCUACUUGGUUUGAUGAUCAAAUCGGUAAAUCAGAAACCCAUCAAGCAACGAAAAACAAAUUUGCUACGUUGUCAAGAUUAAUUACAGAAUGGAAAUUUUUUGAUACAUAUGAUGCAUUCGAUGACGAUUUGGAUAAAAAUAUAAAUACAAAAGUUCUUCUUAUCACGUCUGGAGGUUUGGGCCGACACGUUGUACCAGCAAAACAUCAUUUACCCCAAAUCUAUCGUAUCUAUAUAUUUUGUCACGAUGUUGAGAGUAAUCGACAGUGGUCAAACGAGUAUAACAAAGUCAGUGGUGUAUUCAACAUUGAAGACCUAGUAUAUGAACGAAUGGCGGAUGAUUUAGCAAUUUUAUUCUUCGAAGAGGGUGAGGCUUAUCGCCGAUCGAGUGAACGCGGUUUAGCAAGGUUAAACUAUAAAGAAGCUAAACGUAUAUUAAUGAACAUUCUUAAACUAUCGGAUAGAGAUCACCGUGUACAAACUAUCAACGAUGAAUUAGACAUGCUUGAUUAA